GUCAUCAGAAAAGACUUCAAGCUUCGGCUGAUAUAGUUGUAUACGAGGUGAUUAUCUGAAAGUAUACUGGGAAGUUCAGGGUCCUGGACCUCCUGGUGUUAUCAAUGAGCGUUCAGCGUGGGCUAGAAUACUCUGUGGGAAUAGGGCUGAUGCUCCUCCAGCUCUAUACUCUCCAGGUUCUUCGCUUGUACUGGAAUUCCAUUCUGGUAUUCAGAAGAAUAAUGCUACAGGAUUUCUUGGAACUUACAGUUUCAUUGAAAGACGUCUGUUCGAAACAGAAGGCGUCCGGAUACCCGGAACGGAAUGCGACUACCAGUUUAGCCGGUCCGUCAAUCGACCCACACACGGCCGGUUGUACAGCCCACGAUACCCUUCCAUUUACCCGAAUAAUGUUCGCUGCUCUUAUCAUUUCCACGCCAGGCCAAAGGACCGGGUGAAAGUUGUUUUCGAAGAAGUCUCCCUACAAAAGGGGGAUAUAAGUUGCCUGCGUCGGGCGGAUAUCAUCAAAGUGUUCGACGGCAGGGACACAAACGCACCGGCCAUCGCAAUGCUAUGCAACGAAUUGACAGGUUAUGAGGUAUUAUCGACGGGCUCAUACUUAUUGUUACAAUUCACUGCCAACUCCGUGUCCCCGGGACAAGGCUUCGCUGCCACUUUCCAUUUCCAACCACCACCAGAUUCAACAGCCGCAGAUUCCGAUCGUCUUCUGAAAUUGAGUUUUGGAAAAGCCUUCGAGUCUCUGGGGCCAGAAGUUAGCGCAACAACUUCAUCCUGUCACCAAGAGUUCAACAGUGACGGAUCAAAACACGGGACAUUAACUUCUCCUCAUUAUCCUUUAGCAUAUCCUCCUAAUACUCAUUGUCAUUACGAGUUUUUUGGAAGAGGAAAAGAGAGAAUAAGAUUGAUAUUUCAAGAUUUCUUUUUAUUCAAAUCUUCGGAUGGGUCUGCAGAUUGCCGGAACUUGGAUUCGCUUCAAGCGUUCGUUAACGUUGAUGGGCGGCUAGAAAAUGUUGCCACAUUUUGUGGGGUCGAUCGGCCACAACCAAUAAUGUCAAAUGGCCCAAAAUUGAUGUUAGAAUUUCGAGGUACCCAGUCUUCGAGACAUUCAAGAGGAUUUAAAAUAUCAUAUUCAUUCAUAGAGAAUUUUGGUAUUACAACUGGUAGACAGCUGAAGGAGUUCCCUUGUGCUUUCGUGUAUAACAGUAGCGAGUCUCACAACGGUACCUUCGCUUCUCCCAACUCUCCUGGUCUAUAUCCGAGGGACACAGAAUGUUCUUACUUCUUCCACGGAGGGCAGAGUGAGAAAGUUCACUUGCAUUUCACCCAUUUCGAUGUAGAGGGAGUCCUACCUUGUGAAGCUGUGUCGGCAAGCGACUAUGUAGAAUUUUCAAACUACAUGACAGAAGAUAAUAAGUAUGGCAGGUAUUGCGGUCAAAUGAAAGAAUUCCACGUGGAAUCUGAGAGGAACUUCUUUAAAGUCACGUUCAGGUCAAACGAUAGAUUAGAUGGAACUGGUUUCAAAGCUAUGUACCAAUUUUUGGAAGCAUCGGAGGAAUAUCAGGCUCCGAUAUCUGAUAAGGCUUCUGAAUCAUUGCAUUUUUCUGGUGUCAUGGGGCUCAUAAUUGCCGCAGCACAUCUGAAUCAUCAACUAUAUCAUUCAUAAAGUGAUACUAGACUAAUAAUUAAUACUAUUAGCAUAAUAAUCCUGUACAUUUUGUAUAGUAUGUGCCAUACACUGUAAUUUUUAUCGUAGGUACGCAAUAUUUUCUAUAAACAUGUCUAUAAAUAAGUUUCAACUAUUAACAUCUACAGCAAUAUAACACAAUAAAGUUCUAUUCACGCGGGCACGGAAUCUAAAUAUAUUAUAUAAAUAAAAUAUAAA